AUGUCUGGUGGAGUGGAUUCCUCCGUCGCCGCGUUCCUUUUAGCACAACAGGACUACGACCUCUCCGCAGUGUUUAUGCGCAACUGGGACACCGGAGACGAAUCAGGCACCGAUAAAGGCUGCGAGUGGGAGAAGGACUGGGAAGACGUUCAACGCGUCUGUAAGAAGCUCGAUUUGCCUUGUCAAAUGAUCGACCUGUCCCAGGAGUAUUGGAAUAGAGUGUUUGAACCCUCGUUAAAGCAAUGGGAGUCGGGGGUUACCCCGAACACAGAUGUGUGGUGCAACAGAGAAAUCAAGUUUGGUGCACUCCUCGAACGCUUACCAGCACCAACCACCUCAAAUAAAAAGCCAUGGAUCGCCACAGGACACUAUGCCAGGAAAUCAUGGUCAACCACUCCAAACUCCCCCCACACACGUCCCCGUCCCAAACUCCUCCGCCCAUCCGACCGCGGGAAAGACCAAACCUACUACCUCUCCUCAAUAUCCGAAGAAGGCCUCAGCCGCGCCCUCUUCCCCAUCGGACAUCUCCAAAAGUCCGAAGUACGCGAACUCGCCAGGAAACACCAGCUACACACUGCUGAACGCCCAGAUAGCGUAGGGAUAUGCUUCGUAGGCGAAAAAGCGAAGUUUAGCAACUUUUUAUCGUCGUAUAUACCGCCAAACCCUGGACCUGUAGUUGAUCAAGUGUCUGGAAAGACUCUUAUGCAGCAUGCGGGUCUUUGGACGUUCACUCUUGGAGAGAAUGCACGUAUUCCUGGUAUGAAGGAACGGAUGUUUGUGUCAUCGAAAGAUCAACUCUCUAAUACUAUCUACGUUGUUCCUGGAAGUGACCACGAAGAUCUCUACUCAAACACUCUACGCGUCUCCGACUUCACCUGGAUAUGGAACGACGCGAUCCCGCCAGACCUAAGUACACCUCAAGGAUUCCGGGUUGAUCUCAUGCAUCGUUAUCGAAUGCACUCCGUCCCAAGCACCGUCCGAAAAGCCGAAACUGGCGACCUCAUCGUAACGGCCGACGAGCCCGAGAAAGCAGUCACCCCCGGGCAGAUUGCGGCUCUAUACGAUGGUGACUGGUGUCUUGGAUGCGGCGUUAUCAAGUCAACUUCUCGGUGA